AUGGAGCAGACCCGCGCCCUCAACGCCCUCGAGCCCUUCCUGGCCCUCUCCAAGUCAGCCAACUCGCCCCGCGCCGCAGUCGACCUGGUCAUCCAAGCUACCUCCGCACCCAACACCUACGUCUUUGCCGAGCUGCUGCAGCAGAGCAACAUCCAAGCUCUGCGGGACUCGCCCGAACAUGCCAGCUAUCUACGUCUUCUCGAGAUAUUCGCUUGGGGCACCUGGCAAGACUACACCACCGCCAAAGACAACCUCCCCACGCUGUCCCCCGCACAAACGCAGAAGCUCAAGCUGCUCUCGCUCCUGCCGCUCGCCGCACAGCCGACGACGCAGUUGACCUACGACCACCUGCGUGCCACGCUCGACGUCGCCACGACGCGCGCGCUCGAGGACCUGCUCAUCCAGGCCAUCUACUCGCACCUCAUCACCGGCUCGCUCGAUCCCGCCGCCGCCCGCGUCACCGUCACCUCGGUCGCCCCGCUGCGCGACCUCGCUCCCGGCAGCAUCCCCGCCCUCGUCGCCGAGCUGGACGCCUGGCAGGCCCGCUGCGACGGCACCCUCGCCAGCCUCGACGCCGAAAUCGCUGCCGUCCGCCGUCGCGCCGCCGCCCGCGAGCACAGGCGCCGCAAGGAAGAGCUGCUGCGCCUGCGCGUCGAGGUCAGCUUUGAGGACAAGUCCAACGCCAAGAGGAGCCAUCCGUCCGCCAACAGCGGAGGUAGUCAGCUCGCCGAGGGUGGUGGCGCCGGCGGCGAUGCCGAUGCGAUGGAAUUGGACGAGGGCAUUGGUGAGGAAGGUGGCGCGUCUAGCGGCGGCAAGGCCUCGAGGGGUGCGAAGCGGACCGCCUUCUCCGGCCGCUCAAGAUAA